UAACUGAGGCACCCAGUCUCUUUGAGCCAGGUCUUUGUGGCGCAUACAAGUGCGCACAUUGACGAUGGGAGUGUCACUUCUGCCUCUGCUGCUGCUGUGCGCUGUUUGCCGGGCAAGGAACAUUACUGUAAGGGAGCAUUUUAUUGCUGCUGUGGAAAUUGGAUGGGACUAUGUCAGUGCAGGGGAUGGUGAUACAACAUCUGACCAAAGGUUGUCGUCCAAAGGCACCCCUCAAAAGUUUAUCAAAGCAGUUUACAGGGAGUACACAGACGCCACGUACAGCGUCCCUAAACCAAGACCACCUUGGACAGGUAUUCAAGGUCCAGUGAUUGUGACUCAGCCCCGUGAAAGAGUGGUCAUUCACUUCAAAAACCUGGCGUCACAGCCUUAUAGUAUCAGCCCAGUGGGUAUAACAUACUGGAAGCAAUCUGAAGGAGCUGGCUAUGAUGACCUCACAGCAGGCAAGGAGAAGGAGGACGAUGCCGUCUUUCCGGGAAAAUACCACAAGUACGUGUGGGAUAUCAGCGCCGCCGACGGACCCACAAUCGAUGACCCUGAGUGUCUUACCUACUCUUAUUCGUCCCAACUGGACCCAGUCCGUGACCUCAACUCCGGACUUAUUGGUGCCCUGAUCAUCUGCCAGUCAAGUGCCUUCAGUAAGGACAACAAGAGGAGGAAUACUGCGUUUGUGCUGCUCUUUGCAGUGUUUGAUGAAAGCAAGAGCUGGUAUGGGGAAAUGGGAGAGAGGAGAAGCAGAGAUAACAUUCAGAAGAACAACAGGAAAGAAUAUCACACCAUCAAUGGCUACAUCAACUCUACUUUACCUGGUUUGACAAUGUGCCAAAAACGUGUGUUCUGGCAUAUGAUUGGUGUCGGCACUGCCCCAGAAAUCCACUCCAUCCAAUUCCAGGAUCACACACUGAAGGUGAUGAAACAUCGCAAAGUGACCAUGGAGGUGACCCCCAUGACCUUUGUCACUGCAGAAAUGAAGCCCGGCGACCCCGGCCGCUUUCUUAUCAGCUGUCAGAUACAUGCACACCGCCUAAAUGGCAUGAGAGCAAUGUUCAAGGUGGAGAACUGCCCUGGGCCUGACCUUCGCAAUGCCAAACAGGACGACUAUGAUGAGUAUGAGGAGGACAACUACAUCCCCAUUGAUCUACAGCCCAUGAAGCCACGCUCACACGGGGGACCCGUCAGGGAACAGCGCUCCAAAAUCUGGAAACACUACAUCGCCGCUGAGGAGGUCAUUUGGGACUACGCUCCUCAUCACACUGCCACAGACAGUGAGCUGGAGUCCAGAUUAAUGCCUGAGGUCGCUCGUUACCACGACUACAAGUAUAAAAAGGUGGCUUAUGUAGAAUACGCAGACAGAUCUUUCACCCGGAGAAAAAACACAGUCAGGACACUGAUGGGUCCACUCUUGAAAGGAAAAGUCAGUGAUCGAUUCCACAUCACAUUCAAAAACCUGGCCAGUCAUCCUUUUAACAUCUAUCCCAAUGACCUCACCAAAGUCUAUCCACUGCUGACCUCGACAAAUGUUGCAGAAAAUGACUUGCGCACAAUGGAGGUGCCCCCAAAUGGGACCUUUGUGUAUGUCUGGGAGCUAACCAUCGAUGACGGACCCUUGGAAAAGGACCAUGGAUGUCUGUCACAAUUGUAUCAGAGCACCGUGUCCCCAGAGAGGGACCUGGCCUCGGGGCUUGUGGGCACUUUGCUCAUCUGCAAAGCUAAAGCCAUUGACACCAGAAGACGCCUGUUGGCACCUGAUAAAGAGUGGACUGUUAUUUUUGCUGUCUUCGAUGAGAACAAAAGUUGGUAUGUGGAUGAAAACAUUUACCAAAACCAGAAUUCAUCCAGAGACACAAACCCUGACCUCUACAACUCAAAUGUCAUCUACAGCAUAAAUGGCAUUAUGUUCAGUAGACACCACUUUUUGAUGUGCCAGAGUGAUGUCACUUUCUGGCAUGUGGCCAACGUGGGCACCCAGAGCGACUUCCUGUCUGUCUACUUCACUGGAAACCUUUUUGAGCAUAAUGGCCUAUAUCAGUCAGUCCUCACCCUCUUUCCAAUGACUAGCAUGACCAUUAUCAUGGAGAUGGACAUGCCAGGUGAGUGGGAGAUCAGUGCCUUCGAUGGUACUCUCAAGAGCCGGGGGAUGAGCAUUCAUUACAGCGUUUGUCCUUGCCACUAUGGAGACACUUUGGUCGACCGGGAUGAGGACCUCAAUGAUAUCUCUGAGUGCGUGGACGUACUACCAAAAAGCAGGAGACCUCAGAAUACAACAAUGGUUUGGGUGUGCAAGAACUUUACUGACAGUCCAAAUGACACUAGUGGCGAUAAUGAGUGGACUGUGAGAGGAGACCAAAUCUGUCAAUUGAAGCGGGUGUCUUCAGAGGGAGGAAAUGCAGCAAGUGCACUUGAGGGAGGAAUCCCAGAGGAGGUCUUGGAAGAAUUAGAGAGAAAUGGGAAGUGGAUUGUGGAUUUGAAUGAGACUGAACAUGAAAGAAGUGGCAGACAGAGAAGACAGGCUGAGGGAAACUGGACACGUGAAGACUUGAGCGCUGCAGAGACCGGAGAUGAUGAAAUCAGAUGGCAAUCUGGAGGACAGACCCAAGAAAAUGGAACAGUCCUUGGUGUCGAAAUGAACCCCAAUCAAAGAAGCGUAAUGUCGCUUGAAACAAAUGUGACGAAGGAAGAGAGCAAUGAGAUUUUACCGGACACAAAUCCAAACCUCAAAGACAAUCUUUUAACUGAAAGCAAUUCACUGGACCAAUGCUUUAGAGAAACCCAUAUUGCGAAUGAUUCAGAGGAGCUCCCAGUGGAUUCUCUAUGGGUGGAUUAUAAUUCUACAUCCAGAAAAAACCCAACGGGAAUCAACCUGUCUUUGGAUUAUGACGAAUACAGCCAAGAGGAGAACAACACAUUCGAUGUAAUUACCUCGGACAAAACUGAUUUACGAUCUACAAAAACAAUAUACCGCAACUACUACAUUGCUGCAGAGGAGAUUAGCUGGGACUACGGCAUCAAAAAAGACCCUCAUCUUAUUACACCUGGAGAGAAGCGUCGUGGAAUGAGGAAGUUCCUUCCAGAAUACAAGAAGGUGGUGUUUAAGGCCUACCCUGACGAAAACUUUCUUGAACCUGACAACAGAGGAGAGCUUCACCAACACCUUGGAAUCAUGGGCCCUCUCAUCAAAGUCAAAAUUAACGAGCUCCUUACUGUACACUUCAUGAACAAGGCAUCCAGGCCCUACUCGUUUCACCUUCAGGGAGUUUAUGAUCGUACUCAAGGUGCUGGCAUUGCACAAAGCCAUGACCCAUUGCUGCCACGUGGGGUCUCCGGAGACCCUGUCCCACCUGGAAAGUCUCGCACAUAUAGCUGGAGAAUAACAAAGAAGCAAGGUCCCACCGAUGAGGAAUUUGACUGCAAGGCUGGCGCGUACUAUUCCACGGUGGACAAGGAGAGGGACCUUCACUCAGGUUUGAUUGGCCCACUGCUCGUGUGUAAGACUGAGACUCCGCUGCCCGUUAAGGAAGAAGGAGUCGGACCGCUUGUCCGGGAUUUCAGCCUUCUCUUUCACACAUUUGAUGAGACCAAAAGCUGGUAUCUCAAAGAGAACCUUAAGAAGCAUUGUGCCCCUCCCUGCCAAGUCAACCUGGGCGACCCCUGGUAUCAGAUCAGCAAUAGGUUUGCAGCAAUAAAUGGCUAUGUGGCAGAGACACUUCCUGGUUUGGUGGUUGCACAGCGGCAGCGAGUAAGGUGGCACUUGUUAAAUGUAGGGAGUGAUGGAGAGUACCAUGCUGUGCACUUCCAUGGUUUGCCUUUCACACUACACACCGGGGAGGAGCACCGCAUGGGCGUCUACAACCUCUUCCCUGGUGUUUUCGGCACCGUAGAGAUGAUCCCCUCCAAAGUCGGAACAUGGUUAGUUAAGUGCACUGUCGGAGACUACCAGCUGGCUGGAAUGAGGGCUAAACUGUUGGUCUAUGAUCCAGAAUGUGCUUUACCUCUGGGAAUGAAAUCUGGACGCAUCCAGGAUUCACAGAUCACUGCUUCAGAUCACAUAGAUAGUUGGGAGCCCCAUCUGGCUAGGCUGCAUCAGUCUGGUUAUAUCAAUGCUUGGAUGGGUACAGACAGCCUCUCCUGGAUACAGGUGGACUUGCUGAAGCCAACUCUGCUGCAUGGCAUUGAGACACAGGGAGUGAGGGCAAGCCUGAGGGAGAAUUUCAUCCGACUAUUUUUCGUUUCCUACAGCCUGGACCAGGAGACGUGGAUCACCUACCAAGGGAACUACACAAAACUGCCCAAUAAAUUUCGCGGGAACACGGACAGCUCCACAGUGAAGCAAAACCAGUUCUCACCUCCUUUAUUGGCUCGCUACGUUAGGGUUCACCCUGAUAUCUUUGUGCGGAGCCGUGCACUGCGUCUGGAGCUGCUGGGCUGUGAUCUCAACAGUUGCUCAUAUCCACUUGGCCUAAAGAGCGGAUUGAUUUCUAACAUUACCGCCUCCUCAUAUCGUUCAUCAAUGCUACGUAAAUGGAGCCCCACCCUUGCUCGCCUCCAUCAGGAAGGCAGUUCCAACGCCUGGAGGCCCAAGAACAACAAUCCUCACGAGUGGCUGCAAGUGGACUUGAACUCAAUCAAGCGCAUCACAGGGGUCAUCACCCAGGGGGCGAGGUCUUUCUCGACACAGAUGAUGGUCACAGAAUUCUCGGUGACUGUCAGUCUCGAUGGAUUCUCAUGGAGCAGUGUGUUGGAGAAGGACUCGCACAGGGAACAGAUCUUCACAGGUAACAACGACCCGGACACAGAGGCCCUCACAGUUUUCGAGCCGGCCCUGUUCGGCCGCUACAUGCGCAUCCACCCUCGUGGCUGGAUCAACGACAUCGCUCUGCGUCUGGAAGUGCUGGGCUGCAUCACACAGCAGGACCCCUAACAUGCAUGUUACACAAAGCACCUUUAAGAUGCACAUUAACUCUGCGCUAAAGUAUUGGAUCUAUUCUUCCUGUUAGAAAAGUAGAACAGAUAUGUUGUGGUAAUGGAAAGAACAGUUGUCACUUUAAAAGUAGUAUUUGCCUCGGACAUGCCAACAUGCUCAGAAUGUAAGCUUGUGUAAAUAUUUCACACAGUGAUGGAUGUAUACUGUUUGAAUGCUUGCUCUAUGUUGUUGGAAAACUACGAAUGGAUGUAUAUUUCUGCUUCGGUAACAUUUCAUCUAAAUAAUACAUCUUAAUGAGUUGCACUAA